GAUCUUUUUAAGCCACGAGAGAAUAUAAGAAAACUCCAUUUCGAACGCAGUGACGCCAAUCGAUCUUCGGUUUUGAAGCCACGAGAAAUAUUCGCCGUCGCCGAUGUCGAGAAACAGAAGAGCUUGAAGCAAUCUUCCUCUACUCCUAUUUUUCGCAAAGAGAAACUGGGGAAAGAAACAAUGGGAAUCAUAAAACAGGGAACAAUCUCAGGUACCUUGCCAAGCAAGGAGGCGUUUGCAGUUCACUUCACUGGAUACCCAUCAUCUAUUUCCCGAGCCAUCGAGACUCUCGGUAAUAAUCCAAGGAAUCACAGAAAGGAUCGAUUUCAAACAAGCUUGAAUUGCGUUUCCGGCCUGAAGAUCCUUAUGCACAUCCUGCAUUGGGAGAACAACGUCCUUGCAAUGGAUAUCAAGAAACCUGAGAGUGAGCCUGCAGUUCUUGCCACUAGUGAUGAAUCUUUGGAGGAAGCUAGUCAAGCUCUAUGCGCAGAUAUCGUAGCUCGUGUGUCUGAAUCAGUUCAUUUCGAUGCAUGUUAUUCCUAUUCACGCGGAUAUUGCGUAGCAGAAGAAGAGGAAGUGGUUGGAGGAAACAGUGAUUUGAUGAACCUGGCUGAUGAAGAUGUAAUGAUGCUAUUGCCACAGUUCUUUUCACCCAAAGAUAUACCAGACAACGUGGCAUUGAAACCUCCAGCAACAUCUGGUCCCAAAAAGAAAGAUGAUGCGGCAACUCAGAACUUCUACGAGAUCGAUAUUGGCCCAAUAUUUGCAAUUGAUUUCAGCAUCCCCAAGAAACUAAACUGGGAAGACUUUGUUGGUCCCAGCUCCCACCACUGGAAAUGGCAGGUAUCAGUGUCUGCAUUGUUUGAAGAGCGGCCUAUUUGGACAAGAGACUCUGUUGUACAGCAAUUAAGGUAUCUACUCAGGGCCGCUUACUAUUUUUCCAGUGGUCCGUUUCUUAGGUUCUGGAUUAGAAGAGGCUAUGAUCCACAGAAUGAUCCGAAGUCUCGCGUAUAUCAGAGAAUGGAGUUUAGGGUUCCACCUGAGUUACAGAGUUAUUGCGAUGCCAAUGCAACUAACAACUCAAAGCCAAGCUGGAACGACAUUUGUGCUUUUAAUUGUUUGAACUUGACGACGAGGUGGUUCUCCGAAGCCAUGCUUGAUACUUUGAGACUCCGUGUAGCUGUGAGGUUUGUGUCUGUGUUUCCUGAGCCAGGUUUCGAAGAUGUAUUUAAAUCCAUUCAAGAAGAGUUUGAGAGGUCAGAGAAAAUACAAAUCCAGAAAGACACACUUAAACCAUCUCUAGUGAAGCACCGGGAGCCAACUAAAGACUCUGAAGAAGUGCAAAAAUCUAAACAUGCAAACGAAGAAGAUGUUGAUGUUAAUGUUAAUGAGUAUGGAGAUGAUGAAGACCUGGAUGAAGAAGAGGAAGAAGAAGAAGAACUCGAUAUAAUCUUGAUACUGAGAACAGCUCCAGAACGUAUCUUCAAGGUUUGUUCGACAGUUUUCCAGCGAGUGAACCUGAUUUGUAUGGAGACUUUGCUGUUGAUGAUGGGA